GUGUCACACACCCUCUACGUCAGACUACUCUUGCCUCAAACUUUUCUCCCUCAUUCCCUUCACUCACGGCUGUCACCUUCUCCUGUAAAGUUGCCCCGGUAGAAUGAAGGAGGACAUUCUUGAAAUGAGUAGUAGAACGAAUGAGAAAUUCCGUUUACACAAAGGAUUCGAUAGAAAAUAUUUGCACAGGUAAACUUCACCUGCAGCCUUUCACUCAAGAUGGCCAGCCAGAACAAAUGCUACCAUGAUGAGCCAAUGAGCUUCUUCUACAACAACAGCAACCAGACCAAAGACGACUGGAACUCCACACAGCUCAUUCUGGUCCAAGUUGUAGGCUCCCUCUUCUGCUGCUUUAUCCUGGUGUCCAACGCCAUGGUCAUUGCCGCCAUCAUCACCAACAAGAGGUUCCACUACCCGUUCUACUAUCUCCUUGCCAACCUGGCCGCUUCAGACUUCCUCGCUGGAAUAGCCUACGUAUACCUCAUGUUCAACACCGGGACGGUGUCCAGGAAACUAACCGUGAGGGGCUAUUUCAUUCGUCAAGGACUUCUGGACACCAGCCUCUCAGCCUCUCUGGCGAACUUGCUAGUGAUCGCCUUGGAGCGCUACAUCUCUGUGAUGAACUGGAAGGUCCACAGUAACUUGACCAAGCGGCGGGUGACCCUGCUCAUCGUGCUGGUGUGGGCCAUCUCUAUCUUCAUGGGCACCGUGCCCAGCCUGGGGUGGAACUGCAUCUGCAACCUUCAGGACUGCUCCCAGCUGGCGCCCAUCUUCAGCCGGAGCUACCUGAUUUUCUGGUCCGUGUCCAACCUGGUUUUGUUCCUGGUCAUGGUGUCCAUCUACCUGCGGAUUUACACCUACGUCAAGAGGAAAACGGCGGUGCUCAGCCCGCACACCAGCGGCUCCAUCAACCGCAAGAGGACACCCAUCAAGCUCAUCAAGACAGUCAUGACUGUGUUAGGGGCGUUUGUGAUCUGCUGGACGCCGGGCCUGGUGGUGCUGCUGCUAGACGGCCUCCAUUGCCAGCAGUGCGAGGUGAUGCUCUUUAAGCGCUGGCUCCUCCUGCUGGCAGUACUCAACUCGGUCAUGAACCCUGUCAUCUACUCCUACAAGGAUGACGAGAUGUGGACCACCUUCAAGAACCUGCUUCGCUGCGUGGGCAAUGGCACCCGGCGCCAGCGCUCGUCCAGGGCCAACGCCCGGCCCCUCAGCUCAGCCCAGGAGACGGGCACCACGCCGCAGACCUCUGAGGAGAAGGAGACCACCAAGGACUCGGACGCCCAGGAGAUGCUCAAGGCCUGAACCAAGACCUGAGGCAAGCAAGGCCGUUGUGGGAGUGUCACUACAAGUGGAUGUAAAGAGACAUAUAAAGACACAGAUGGGUCUUCUAUGGUCCAAUGUUGUCUUCAGUGUAGCUGACUGGUUUAAAGGGCAGCUCAAACUGGGUCUGGACCUUAGUGGAGGAUUCCUAGAGGAGUGAAGGGCCAUCCCUACUCUGCCCAAUAUGGGAUAUUAGCCUGCAAACUAAGGGGGCGACAACAGUAUAUCCAAAUGGCUGAAGAAAGAUGUUGUGAUAUGAAGUAGACAGUGGUGUAACGGUACAUUUCCUGUUUUUACCUCAAUAGUUUUUUUAUGAUCUUGAAAAGAGUAACUGAUGCCUUUUCCACCGUAUAACCUUUAAAACUCAUGGAUUUUUUUCAUCAGGGUAUUAAUCUUGCCCUUAUUUCCUUUUGAAAACAAAGUACUGUACUUGACGAAAUAGCAUUGUUCUUGGUUUUCAAUUCUCAUUGUUCCUAUUUUUGAUACACACAGGGAAUCAUAAUCUACUGUAUUUGGCUGCUAACAUCCCUGAAUGUUGUGUUAAUGAAUUGACAAAUUCCUUUCUAAUGGAAGGAAAAUGUGUGUCUCUCAACUAGAAUAGAUAGCACUAGUCCCAAUUUGCUCCCUUCCCCUUGCUCUUGUCCCUUACCUUAAAAUGUUUGCAGAUCUGAAGUGUCAGUGUAGUGGUGGAGCGUCCACCAUUUUGUGUGCCUUACAAUCUGCUAACAUCGAAGGAUUCGGGCCAAUGGGUUAAUGAGGGACGAUUAUUUGGAAACAUGUCAAACUUUUCUAAUGUCAAACUGCCCUAGAUACACAGUAUAUGGCUAUUGGCACAACUGUCAUUUUAAAGGAAGACCAUUAAAUCCACCUUGCUUUGACAGUUAGUGGUCCAUGCAGUACCCCAAAAGGAAGUCAUUUAUUUUGCCAGAUGCAUCAUCAGUACAGCUGUCACUCCCUUUAACACUACUACAUGUACAGUGCAUUGACUUUUUUCAAAUUUUGUUGAUACAAAGUGGAGUUAAUUUCAUAGUCUUUAUUUUUCAAUGAUCUACACAAAAAGAAAAUAUUAAUGGAAAAUUAAACACGAGUUCAGGGCUUUCAGAAUGUAUUCACACCCCUAGAAUUUUACACCUUUUGUUUUGUUUUGUUUGUUUUGUUACAAACUGGAUUUAAUUGUCUUUUUUUGUUGUCAAUAUACACAAAAUACUCUAAUGUCAAAGUGGAAGAAAAAUUCUAACAUUUUGUAAAAAAGUUAAUGAAAAAUAAAACACUAAUAUAUCUUCAUUAGAUAAGUAUUCAACCCCCUUAGCCAAUACAUGUUAGAAUCACCGUUGGCUGCGAUUACAGCUGUGAGUUUUUCUGGGUAAAUCUCACACCUGGAUUGUGCAACAAAACUAGGUUUUCCUCUAGGAUUUUGCCUGUGCUUAUCUCCACUCCCUAGUCCGAUUACAAGCAUACCCAUAACAUGAUGCAGCCACCACUAUGCUUGAACAUAUGGGGAGUGGUGCUCAGUAAUGUGUUCUAUUGGAUUGGCCCGAAAACAUAACACUUUGUAUUCGGAAAGAAAAUGUAUUGCUUCACCAUGUUUUGCAGUAUUGCUUCAACUCUUACCCUACGGGGUCUGCUGUUUUUCUGUUCUACCUGAUCAUUAAUUGCACCUACCUGGUGUCCCAGGUCUAAAUCAAUCCCUGAUUAGAGGGCAAUAAUGAAAUAUUCAGUGCAACUGGCAUCGAGGUCCAGAGAUGAGUGUUAUGGGUUUAGUGCCAGGAUGCAUGUUUUGGACAUUUUUUUUAUUCUGUACAGGAUUCCUUCUUUUCACUCUGUCAAUUAGUUGUGGAGUAACUACAAUGUUGUUGAUCCAUCCUCAGUUUUCUCCUAUCAAAGCCAUUAGACUCUGUAAAUGUUUAAAAUUCACAAUUGGCCUCAUGGUGAAAUCCCUGAGUGGUUAUCUUCCUCUCUGGCAACUGCGUGAAGGACGUCUGUAUCUUUGUAGUAACUGGGUGUAUUGAUACACCAUCCAAAGUAUAAUUAAUUACUUCAUCAUGCUCAAAGGGAUAUUCAAUGUCUGCUUUUUUCAUUGUUACCCAUCUACCAAUAGGUGCUCUUCUUUGUGAGGCAUUGGAAAACCUACCUGGUCUUUGUGGUUUAAUCUGUUUUUGAUAUUCACUGCUCGGCUGAGAGACCUUACAGAUUAUUGUAUGUAUGGGGUACAGAGAUGAGGUCGUCAUUUAACUUAUUAUGUGACUUGUUAAGUAAAUGUUUACUCCUUAACUUAUUUAGGCUUGCCAUAACAAAGGGGUUGAAUACUUAUUGAAUCAAAACAUUUCAGCUUUUCAUUUUUAAUACAUAAAUACAUAAAACAUAAUUCCACUAUGACAUUAUGGGGUAUUGUGUGUAGGCCAGUAUAAAAAACAUUUAAUACAUUUCAAAUUCAGGCUGUAACACAAUAAAAGGUGUAAAAAGUCAAGGGGUGUGAAUACAUAUGAAGGCACUGUAUAUCAACACACAGUCAAUGUCCAAGCUGAGAAGAAAAAGAAAAGCCUGCAGCGCUGUCAACAUCAAAAAAUGUGGAAUUUUUGCACAUCCUUUCAUGCAACUCGUAAUGGCGAUCGCCACCUCAUGUUGACAAAACAGCUGCUUGCUCACCUGAGAGCAAGGCCCAGGCUUGUAAACAUUGCGACACACUGGAUUCCUGCAGUAGAUAUGCCUGCAGGGAACUGACAAGGAUAUGACUGGAGAACCCCUUCCUUCCACAGGAGACCAAUGAUUAAUCAUUUACUGGGUCAUUGAAACUCUUUACCUGCUGUACACUAUUUAUGUGGUUAAACCACUCUUUGUGUAAAAGGAAAAGCUUCAUUAAAACACAUUUUUCCUCUAA